CACAUCCCUGUUUCUCUCUCAAUAAGUCUCGAGGGAGCCCUAGAUUUUCUCGGUGUUUCUCGCUCUUUCCUUCAAUUUCUCAUCGAUUAUUUUCUCGGGAAAAUGGCAAAUGCGGCAUCGGGAAUAGCUGUGCAUGAUGAUUGCAAGCUUAAGUUUUUAGAACUGAAGGCUAAGAGGACUUACCGCUUCAUUGUGUUCAAAAUUGAGGAGAAGCAGGUGAUUGUGGAAAAGCUUGGUGAACCAGCUAAUAGUUAUGAGGAUUUCACUGCCAGUCUUCCUGCUGAUGAGUGUCGAUAUGCCGUCUAUGACUAUGAUUUUGUGACAGAAGAGAACUGCCAGAAGAGCAGGAUUGUUUUCAUUGCCUGGUCGCCUGAUACAUCAAAAGUGAGAAGCAAAAUGAUUUAUGCCAGCUCCAAGGACAGGUUUAAAAGGGAAUUGGACGGUAUCCAGAUAGAGUUGCAAGCCACUGAUCCUACUGAGAUGGGGCUUGACGUCAUUAAGAGUCGCUCUGGCUCCGUUUGAGCAUAGAUUGCCUAGUGGGCAAUGGGAACUCCUUACGGUCUGUUUCAUCUAAUGUAGUGUCUAUAGCAAUUUGCAACUUGGAACUUAUCUCCUUAUGGGUUGUUGUUUUGAAUUAUACAUUUCAGUCUUGCCUUGAUUUGUUAUAUCUGUGGAUUCACGGGGUGAAUAUUAUCCCCCGGUGUGAUAUUUACAGACUAAUAUAUGAUGGUUUGUGCGGGUCACCAAUCUCAUUUUGGUUUGUUUGUGUGCGUUUGCCUUUGUGUUUU